AUGGGUUCCCGUCGUGGUAGACUUAAUUGGUCGAAUAUAGAAGUACGUAUUUCGGAUGAUGUUAUCGAUAAACAACAUCGUUUUACUGCUCCGAAUUCCUCUUCAUCAACAUUGACAGAAGAUACUGUUGAAUAUGAAAAAAAGCCAAGUCCAUCAUCAACACCAAUUAAACGAUCAUGGAAACCAAAGUUAGGUGUCGGUGAAAUACAUGAUGAGCAAUUUGUUGAUGCUGAACAAACUGCUAUUGAUAAAAAAUAUAGCAAACAAAUAAAUAAUGUUAAAUGUUCGAAAGCUUCUCUUACAUCAAAACCAAUAAGAAUAUCUAAUAGAUUACCUUCAGUACGUGAUACAGUAUUAUCUUCACGUACGACAAAUUUAUAUGUUGGUCAACAUUUAUCAAAUGUUUUUAUUUGUCAUGUUGAAUCAUAUUCACAUGUUUAUAUUAUGUUUGGUGAUGAUUAUAAUCGUGCAACAAAAUUAUUUCAAGAGAUGAAUACUUGUGAUGAACUUAUUCAAGCAUCAACUAAUGUUUUUGAACCUAAAGAACAAGAUUUAGUUGCUAUAUAUCAUGAAAAAAAAUGGUUUCGUGGUCGAUGUUUAAAUGCAGUUGGAACAAAUUUUAAUGUCUUAUGUAUUGAUUCAGGUGUAAUUAUUUUAUGUUCACCAAAUGAUCUUCGUUGUUUACCAGAUAAAUUUCGAACAUCUCCACCAUGUUGUAUCGAAUGUUCACUUUCUGGUUUGCCAACAACAAUAGCAAUGAGUUCAAUGCCUGAUGUAAUUCAUACUGAAUGUUUUGAACUUUUAUAUAAAGAUCAUUAUGAAGCAAUCAUAACAAAAUUAGAAACACCAAAUCAUCCAACUAUUGUAUUGUAUUAUGGUGAUGAAAAUAUAAAUGAUCGAUUAUUGACAAUUCUCAAGUUGAUUUGA